UAGUUAUGUAUGUUUGAUAUAAGAAUUGUAUCUUCUAGUAAUGACAAAUUUUGGUAUGCGGCUAUAAUUCCCUCGAUUAUUGGGCGAACCCCGAUUUUGAUCGACUUCUUUUUUGAACAGUAUUGCUGUAGAAGAUUAGACAACGAAUACAAAAAUAUGUAUUAAAAUUUAAUGAAAUUCCUUAACGGGACAAAAGUAUCUUUGUUUAAUAGAUUUAUGCAAAAUUAGACUAAAUCAAUAUUGAAACUAUAACAAGAUUUAACCACGACAAACAACCCCUUGGAAAAACAAAGAAUUUAUUGCGCCAAUACUCUGUAAAUAAACUAAAUUAGUUUACCAUGGUAACGGGCAACCACAUUGUGUUCUGUUUACUGCCACAAAAUGUUUCGAUUAACAGAAAUACACGGAGACAUACUGUUCACAAAAUUUAGGGUGGUAAUAAUUUCAAUAAUAAUUUGUAUAUCAGAAAAAAAGGAAAAAUUGGAAAUAAUUAAAUGUCUCUUCAUAAAAAAUGACAACUACUACAAGAAGAAAUGUUAUUAUAACCGAUCUGGACCAAUCGGAUACACAAAUAGGCGCACACGAAGAAGGUAGUCAUCGUAAGGUUCAUAAAAAGCGCACAAAAGAGAAAACAUUGCAAACACUUUCGGGCAAUUUCAAUAGGCGUUCUCAGAGUGCAGAAGGUUCCAAAGAGGAUAGAUGUGGGAAAACUGCUAAACACACCAGUUACUUCAAUGAAUUGCUUCAAUCAAAAGACCAACAAAUGGAAAAAUUACUGCAACGUUUGGCCACUCUGCAUAAAUUCAAUGAACAGUUUGCCGAUGAAAAUCAACGUCUUCUUAACGAUGCCAAAUGCCUAGAGCAGCGUAUUGCUGCCUUACAACGUCAAAUAGCGGAUUGCAACAACUGUCACAAGCUAGACCAGGAGUUGUCCCAACGCAUAGAGGAUAACAAAGUGUUAACAGCCGAUGUGGAAAUGAUGAAAACUCUAGUCUAUCGUUUAAAUGUACAAAUAGAACGCUAUCAAGAUUGUUUUAGACAAGGAACAAAACCAGAGGAUAAAUCACAACAAAACUCAGAUGCCAAGUCUUCCAUUUCACAGUGGCAACAAGGACGUUUACGUACUCACACUUUGUCGCCUCUACUGCAGGCUUAUGAUGAAAUGCUACGCGAUAAAGAGGAUUUAAUACAACAAUACAAACAGGAGUUUGAGCAUUUUACGGGGGAAUUGAAAACCGUUAUAGAGGAAAACAAUCGUUUGCAACAGGAAAUAGAGAAUCUAAAACGGGAUGGAGGUAAUUGGCGAGAAGAAAGAGCUAGACUGCAAGCUCAAUUGGAAAUAUGCCGACAAAAAGCAGAUUCUCAAACGAGAAAAACUGAUUUGGCCAAAGAAAAACUUGUUGAGGUAAUGCAUUGCUAUGAGCAGAAGAUUCAAACUUUAGUUUUGGACAUGGAACACUUGCAAAGUGCCUAUACACGCUGUAAAGCCGAAUUGGCCUCACUGAAGGGUAUGGCUGCUCUGCCACAAGACACCAUUGCCACAUCGCUUCAGGAAUGCAAAGAACUUCUGGAGCAGUUACGACAGCAGCACAGCAAAGAGAAACAUUCAUUAGAACGUACCAUUGGUGAACUUACGGAACGUAAUUCCAAUGUGGACAUGAAAAUAGAAAAACUUAAGCAAGACAACUGCAAGCUUAAACAAGAACUCGAAGAGCACCUUUCCCAAACAAACGACUUACGUAAACGUAAUGUUUCUCUCCAACGUUCGGUGGAAAAAGUCAAACGUUCUCGUGAUCGUCUAAAAGCUCGACUACGUAUUGCUUUACAAUGGGCCCAAAAACUCGAAGAGGGUCAAGCCAAUUUACAAACUACCUGGGAUGCUCUUAAACGUUUGGAAACCAUUGUCAAGCAUAAAGAGUCUCAGGUACGGGGACUACAUGCCAGACACCUGCAGGAAAUAGAUAAAUUAGAAAAGAAAUUAGCUCAAAAAGAGGAGACUAUUAAGACCAUAUUAAGGGAUCGUUUAAAUGUAAAUACAAAUCGAUAACAAUGAAAUUUUAUUAUGUUUAUAAAUAAGCAAUAUUUGCUACUUCUAUUUAUUAGGAAUUAGUUUUAUUUUUUAUUUAAUUACUAUCUAGUCAUUUGUUAAAUUGUUUUGAACAUUUACU